AUGAAAAAGAUUUGUGGUCUGCUAGAUGCUACUAUGGAUGAGAAGUUGCAACAACUGUGGAGAACUUUCAACCUUACGGAGGAGGGGAGCUCGAGCAUUAGUAUCAUUAAUGAGGGAGAUGGUGCUUUAGGGAAGAAAGGCAGAUUAUGUGUAUUUGGCAAAGUCUUGUCAAUGAAACUCUACAAUAAGGCGGCUUGCAAAAGUAUAAUGAGAAUGGUCUGGAAUAAUGUCAAAGUAGAGAUUAUAGAGGCUGGAAACAAUUUGUUCUUGAUCCAGUUUAACAAUGUGCUGGACAAGAACAAAAUUUUAGAAGGUUUGUCAUAG